AGGAGGGGGAGACCUAGUCUUGUCCUUCUUCAGGAAGAGCCAGGAAGGAAGUCUGCUCAGGAAGUCACCCUUGGAAAUGAUGGCCCUGAAGAUCUUCUCUCUGCUGCUGGCGUCCCUGCUCCUGGCCCUGGUCCUAGGGGAGAAGGAAGAGAGCAGCUCUAGAUUCCAUCCUAAGGUCAGUGGCCCCCAACCUCGAAGCCCCAGGUAUGCUGAGGGAACUUUUAUCAGUGACUACAGCAUUGCCAUGGACAAGAUCCGCCAACAAGACUUUGUGAACUGGCUGCUGGCACAAAAGGGGAAGAAGAGCGACUGGAAACACAACCUCACCCAGAGGGAGGCCCCUGCUCUGGAGCUGGCCCAUCAAUCUAACAGGAAGGAGGAGGCCAGGGAACAGCAGGGCUCUGCACACAAGGACCUGAGUGAUGAAGAUAUGUUAAAGGACUUACUGUUUCAAGAGCUGCUGGCUUGGAUGGUGGAUCAGGCAAACCUCUGCAGGCUCAGGUUUCAGUGAUUCUUACCAAAGCCAGCUCAGGAUUGGUGUGUGCCCUCCACAUACUGUGCUCCCACCAUAGCCCCACUCCCGGGUACCCAAGAGAAACCAAACCAAUAAAGCUUAAGCUGACA